AUGACAGUGGUGCCCGGAGAGAACCUGGAUGAGACUGUGGCACUGGCCGCGCAGGACGCGCACGACCCGGAGCGAGCCCAGAACCAGGACUGCUGCGAGCGGCUGGUCGUCAACAUCUCCGGGCUGCGCUUCGAGACGCAGCUGAAGACCCUGAACCAGUUCCCCUCCACGCUGCUGGGGGACCCGCGCAAGAGGAUGCGCUUCUUCGACCCGCUGAGGAACGAGUACUUCUUCGACCGGAACAGACCCAGCUUCGACGCCAUCCUCUACUACUACCAGUCCGGGGGGCGGCUCCGGAGACCCGUCCACGUGCCCGUUGACAUCUUCAUGGAGGAGAUUAAAUUCUACGAGCUCGGGGAGGAGGUGAUCGCGCAUUUCAAGGAGGACGAGGGCUUCAUUAAGGAGGAGGAGCGCCCGCUGCCCGAGAACCACUUCCAGCGCCAGGUCUGGCUCCUGUUCGAGUACCCGGAGAGUUCCGGACCCGCCAGGGGGAUCGCGAUAGUCUCCGUGCUGGUGAUCCUCAUCUCCAUCGUGAUCUUCUGCUUGGAGACUCUACCGGAGUUCAGAGAGGACCACCGGACGGGGAACGGAACCGCGCGCGCCAAGAAGCCGGACCCGUUCACGGACCCGUUUUUCAUCGUGGAGACGCUCUGCAUCAUCUGGUUCUCCUUCGAGCUGCUGGUCCGGUUCCUCGCGUGCCCGAGCAAGCCCGCGUUCUUCAAGAACAUCAUGAACACCAUCGACAUCGUGGCCAUCAUGCCGUACUUCAUCACGCUGGGGCUCGAGCUCGCGGAGCACCAGGGGACCGGGCAGCCGGCCAUGUCCCUGGCCAUCCUGCGGGUCAUCCGCCUGGUGCGGGUCUUCCGCAUCUUUAAGCUCUCCAGGCACUCCAAGGGGCUCCAGAUCCUCGGGCAGACCCUCAAAGCCAGCAUGCGGGAGCUGGGCCUCCUCAUCUUCUUCCUCUUCAUCGGAGUCAUCCUCUUCUCCAGCGCGGUCUACUUCGCGGAGACCGACGACCCGGACUCGGGCUUCUCCAGCAUCCCGGACGCGUUCUGGUGGGCCGUGGUCUCCAUGACGACGGUGGGCUACGGGGACAUGUGUCCGGUGACCGUCGGGGGGAAGAUAGUGGGCUCGCUGUGCGCCAUCGCCGGCGUGCUCACCAUCGCGCUGCCGGUGCCGGUCAUCGUGUCCAACUUCAACUACUUCUACCACCGAGAGACGGAGCGCGAGGAGCAGCUCCAGUACGCGCACGUGACCUGCGGCCAGCAGCAGCCGCUGCGCUUCGGGGGCAGCACGCUGUCCCUGUCCCGGUCCGAGGACGCGGACUCCUUCAAGUUCACCAACUGCAGCCCGAACACAGCGCGCAGCAGCGAGCUCACCGACGUGUGA